ACUAUCUAGAUCUAGAUAUAGAAAAAAAAAGCAUGCUGUCAAUGAAGCAUGAAAUGAUUAAUACUAAUAGAAAGAUGAGGACCCCAUGGUAACCAAGUAUAGCUACUCUUUAAAAAGUUUAAGCCAGUUGGUCUGCUCUUACCACUAUACCACUUCAGUCACUAUACCAAUUCAUAAGCUUAGCUGCGAUGGUAACAAUGUGAAAAUGGCAUCAGAUCACAUUAGGGAACUGGACUUUCUAAAACUUGAGCCUCUACCAACAAUUAAUGAAGAUUUGCUUGUUUGUGAAUCAAAGUUUAUUGAAGUUGGGAUAGAAAAUAAGAAAUUGAAAGUGUACAUUGAACAAGUGACAAAGACAGGCAGUCAAUCAAUUCAUUGCGAUUCUAUUGAUUUUCUCUUUCUGCAUGGUAUGCGGUAUACUUCCAAAAAUUGGUUGGACAUUCAAACACUCAAUCAUGUUGCAAACUGGGGUCAUCAAGCUGUAGCAGUGGACCUUCCAGGAUUUGGUAAGAGUAUUUGUAUUUUAGAGCCAGAACUGAAAGGAGCAUUUCUGCAAGCUUUAAUUUCAACGCUCGGAUUGCAUCGACCUGUAAUUAUUUCUCCAUCUAUGAGUGGGGAGUUCUCUCUGCCAUAUUUAUUUGAAGAUCCUUCAACUAGUACAGAUAGAGCUAUUGGUUAUGUACCCGUAGCUCCAGUGCUUACAUCGAAAUAUACAAAUCAAAUGAGGAAAAGUCAGAUUCCUACACUCAUUGUAGUUGGGACAAAAGACCAGGUCAAUGGUAAGGAGAGCACUCAAGAUCUGCAGCAUCUCCCAAACUUCUGGUAUGCACCAAUAGAAGGAGCAUCACAUCCAUGCUAUUUGGACAACCCUGAGGCAUUUCAUAGAUUACUGUACUGGUUUUUGAAAAACUUAAAAUAAACUUGAAAUUAUCUGAUUUGGUAGUUUGCUUUAAUAUUUUCAGGCAAUUAAUUGGGUAGCAAAGCUAUAAUGUAGAUAAAAUAUAAUAAAAAAAAAACUUUUCGAAGUUGAAAGAUCUCAAUGAACUAAACCAAUAUUAAAAAUGUUUAUGAAAUUUACAAUAGAAAUAAAAUAAACUUGUCUUUAUCUUUUAAGUGUCAAUGUUAAUUAGAUACAAAGCAUUGAAUGAUUUUAGAUGGUUUUGAUUAGAAUUUGUACUGCUAGAAGAUAUAGAAAUUAAAUUUUUAUAUCUCUAGAUUUAGAACAAUUGAUUUGAAAACAAUAUUGAAUUACUUAUUUAAAUUUUUCUUUAUACAGCCACUGGGUAUAAUUGAAUGAAAAUUGAAACUCAUAUUCAGAGAAGUAUUUGUAAGCUCUCUCCAUUAGGGAGACUCUUUUUAUGUUACAAAUAUUGACAUUAUGAUAGAGAUUCUAAGUUUAGAAGCGUCUCAAUGUCUUUGCAUUUAUGUUGAAAUAAUUAUUUUAAUAAUCAGACUAAUUUUUAAAAAAUUAUUCACUACUAAUCAGAAAUCUUCUUGCCAGGGUCAAGUACAGGCAUGAUGGUAUAUAAAGAAACCCUUAUCUCAUUUUACUGUGUAGACCUGUGUUACCAGUGUUUAUAUGGCCUCUUUCAGUUACAAAGCAACUAUGGAUCAUCUCAGCAAUGAGAUGAAAGCCUUGGCAUUAUCUAUGUUUAAAACUAUGACACCCAUACAGCAGGUCCUUCCUCUCCAUGGAGCUGCCAUAUUUAUUUGAAGAUCCUACAGUUUGUGAUCAGUGGCAUCACAGGUUCUGUCAAUUUGUUGCACUAUGUGCUGCAGGCUGUCCUAUGGUUCACCUGCACCUGAUUUUCCUCAGGGUUGACUUCUUAAGAUCAUCCCAUGUUUGGGUAUCGCCACAAAGCAGCAGAGGUUUGAAUUCAGAGGUUUUCUCCUCCUAGGUGGCUAGCCAGCUUAGGCUAAUGAGCCCCUCCUGCCUAGAACUGAUUUUAUUCUGACAUUUAAAGAGUUGAAUAAGAUUUAGUAGCUAAAGUUGUAACUGUCUUCUUUGUCUUGGACAUUUGAUUGAAUGUGUCUCAUCAAAUACAUUUAAAUAAGACAAUUGAAUUUUGUUAUGUGUAUAGAGUUUUUGUUUAUAUUUCUUACAUUCCAUACCUCAUUCAACAUUUUAUAUUGAGAAAUAAACAAGUUAUUUAUCUUUAGCAAAAUGAUAUAAUGGUUUGUAGAGAUCAUCGUCGAUGACCCUUGGUCACAUUAUUGCUGUGACUUGCAGCAGAUUUCUUCUUAGAUUAAUGUAGCUUUGAUUUAUAUGAACAUUUGCAUCCAUUGUUUAAGUAUUGAUACCAGUUUGACUUUAAUAUAUGCCCUGUAAAUAUAAUACUUAUUAAUUCUACAAGCUUUAACAAACAAUAGCCUCAAUAUAUACCAUUAUUGCAAACUAGAGUUUGACAAGUUAUACAAUUAUAUUUUAAAAAAUAUAAAUACACUUAUUGUUAUAAAAAUAUUGUACUGAAUUUUUCACUGAAUUGAGCUGUGCUUUAAGAAAACAUUUAACAUUGAAAAAUUGAGCUGAUUGAAGAUCUUUUUUAUUUCUAUUUCUAAAACCAGUAUGUUCUAUUUAUAAAUUUGUAUUUUUGUUAUAUUUUUGUUAUUUUUUUUAACUUUAACAAGGGUCAUUUCCAAUAUAUAUAAAUAAAACUAAUCAGUAUUCACUUUCAUUACUGCCUGAUGCUCAAAGUAAACCUAAACAGAUGAUUUGUACAUUAAAAAUAUCAAUACCAAGCAGUGUUUGUUAGAUGUGUAUAGCAGUAAGUAAAGUGAUAUUAAUUAAAUGCAUUUAUUUUAAAUUGGGUAGCAUAUAUGUAUUUUUUCAAUAGCAAAAGUCUAAUGAAGUAAGCUCAGUAACAAAUGAAAGCAUUGUAAGACAGUAAAUAACAAGUAGACAAAUUAAUUUCUCUAACCAAUACUUUAUUUUUGUAGGUUUGUUUUUAAAUUUAAAUAAGUUUGAAAUCACCAGCACAGGAGAGGAGCAAAGUCUCAAACCCAAAAUGUCUGUGUGCAAUCCAUCAAUCACAUGUUAAAAAAACAACCCGACUCUCACACCUGCUAAUGGCUAAAUAAACUUAACUAUUUCUGAGAGAUCCAGUAAACUUAAUUGAACAACCGAUUUUGAUUAUGCCAGGACUCACAGAAACUAAAGAAAUGAAAUUAAUUGAAACAACUUUCUUGUAGAUGUCUUCAACGAAAUUGAAAAUGACUUAAAAUAAAAACAAUAAAUUCUGAAAACCCAAACAAAAAAAAAUAAAUAAUUAAGAACAAAGACUAAAACUAAUUCAGUUUUUAUUCCCUUCAAACCUGCUUUAAAUUUGUUUUGUUAUAGUUAUUAUUUUUUGUCUAUGGUGAUUGUCAUUUCCUUUAAAUACCUAAGUGUAGUAAGUUUAUUUAUUUAUUUAUUUUUGUUGUCUUCCAAUAGUCAAGCCUUUUUUGGUGAUACAAAUAAUUUCUUGGGGAUAAACUAAUAAUUACAUGUUUAAGAAUGAAAAAAAAUAAUAUGAAACAAUUUUGAAGAUGAAGUUUACAAAAAAAAAAACCUCUUGCCACAACUCUUCAACUAAGUCAGCCCCUCACUGAAUAGUAUUGUUCUCAUUACAAUCCUUUUCUAAGUAGUGAUGAGUGUUGCAUAUUUAAAACACUGUACAAGAACUUGGCACAAAAUGAACUGAAUCCAUCAGUAGUACACUAGCUACUGUAUUUAUUAUACAGAUCACAACCCACAGAGUUGUUUGACCUCCUGCAUUAGAAAGUUUCCUUCUAUAACACCAGUACUGUACCAGUACUUUAUAUGUUCACUAUUUCAAAUCCUAAGUCUAAAACUAUCAUGCAGAAAAACUCAAGCUUCAUCAGGACUGCAGUUUACAAACAGCAUUACACUUUGAAUGACAGCACUAGUAACAAAAAGUGAAGAACAAAAAAAAAAAGUCUUCUAGCCUACAGACACAACUUCAUCCUUUAAAAAGGUAAGCAUCAAGUUUGUUCAGUUAUUAAAAUUGAGAAUCAGAGAUAUUUUGUUCAAAGGAUUUUGUCUAUAAAUCUUAUUAUGUUUGUUCUUGAUUAAUGGAGCCCACAUAAAUCACAAAAAAAAAACUAAUGCAAUAAACACUAAAUUUCUUCAAAUAAUCCCAUUGUUAAAAUUUUGCUCUAUUUGCAUGUAUGGAUACAACAGAGUUUGUUGGUAGAAUACAUGUACAACUUUUUGUUGUAACUUUCUUACAUUGCUAGAUAGUGAUGGUAAAAUAAAUAAGAAUAUAUAAAUAAAUCUAUAAAUAUUUAGCUCAUUUUUCCACUGUUCAGAUUAAAAAUUGUGAAAACUCUUUUUUUCAUUGCAGUGUGCAUGCAGGAUAAAACAAAAUAUUGGGUAACAACAAAGGCAAAAAAAAAAAAAAAAGUCUGCCUACUUUUAAAACCAAUCAAUGCCUAGUAUGACAAGUUACAAAUACUACUGCUCAGCAGAUAUACAGGGAAUAUAUAAAUAAUUGACACUUAAAAACACAAGAAACAAAAGAUAUACUGAACAAAAGAUGAACAUGGAGAAAAAAUGAUCUCCCAGUCUAAAUAAAGAUAAGCACUUGUGUGUUUGUGGUUAAUUGAGUUAUACAGCGGAGUAAAAAUAUUAUGUAAAAUAACCUGAAAGAACAUUUAAAUAUGUAUAGAUAUAUAUAUAUAUACAGCAGAAUCAGAAUUAGCUCUACUGUACCACAGGUUGACAUACACAAGUUCAAAACAAAACAACUCUAAAAAUGUUCUAGCACCAUUAGGACUGCUCUGAUAUCAAUAUUACUGGAAUACAUGAAUAGCAUUGGACAUUGAGAGAGAUUAAUUCUAUACACAAAGUCAAACUGUUAGAAAGUAGACUGAAAAAUUUAAAUUAAUAAAUUGCUCCUCAUUUAUAUACAUUCACCAUGAAAUCAUUUAGCUUUUAAAUAGCAUUCAGAUUUCUUUUUAGAUUACAGAAUUAUCAACAAGAAGUUAAAACAAAAAAAAAGCAUUUCUAUGUUCUCUUUUAACUGUAGAACAAAUGUUAGGACCAAUACAGCAAGUGUAUAGGAUGCUUCAAAUAUGACACAGAAAUGUAAAAUGUCUACCAUCCAGCAUAUAACAUGUUACUAGUAAAACAAUAUUACUAAAAUGUAGACACAUCACCAGUGUUAAUGUCAACUUAAGAGAACUAUUUCAAAACAACUGAUAUCAAUAUUGAAGUGUCAACAUUUGGUUGAAGAAUGAUUAUACAGACUUCACUGCCUGGUGAACUAUCAAACUACUAAGGCCAUAUAAAAAUGUUGAAAUGCCAACUAUCCUAAACUUUGGAGGUUAGCCAUGGAAAACAAAAUAUUUCUUUCAUUUGAUUAAGUACAUAGACCUAAACAUUUCUUCUUCUUUUUUUUUUUU